AUGGGGAUACAAGUCAGACUGGAACUUCACCACCCGUCAGCCAUUCCUGAUACUCCUCCAGGUCUGGCGAGCCCAAGUUCCUCGUCAACUCACACUCCUAGGGCUUCCGAGGAUCGAACUUGGCCUACUAUCGUACCCAUUUCUCCUCCUAUGUCUAGCUAUGAUCCGAGCACCAGACCAGAUAUGGUAGCAACGAAAGACCCUGAAGAGGGCCAGUUGCGAAGAGACAAUCUGCAUGGUGCGGCUCGACAGCAACUUCCACCCCUAAGUAGCUUAUUCGGACCUCCUCACCAUGUCCGUCCAGCACUUUCUCCUCUUCCGGAUCGACCAAGUCCGCUCCAUAACACGCAUUCUCCCAUGGAUAGACCAGACUCGAGAAGCUCAUCUUACUUCCCGAACGUCUCGCCAUCUUUAAGUCAACCACGCAGUGUUUACGAGCCGAGAUUGGAGCCCGAGAGACCUACGCUUCCCUCGGUCUCUGCCCAGUUUCCUGGACCCCUCAAAUCUCCGACGCACGAACUCGAGCGUUUGCAUCAUGUACCACGGGUAGAACCUACCCUUACUGGAAGAUGGCCUCCUAUGAGCCAUCCGGAUUCAAGGCGGGCAGAGUAUGUGUUCGAAUCUCGACCGCCAACUCCCCCCUUUAGGCCAGUGUCCGAGCGUAUGCCGCUUCCCCCUUCAAGUCAGCGACUAGGGUUUGAAUCAAGCCCACCAUUCAAGAGAGAGAACCCAAUGCGUUUGGAGCCGCCGAAUCACUCGCCGCCUCUAGCGAACGCUGUUGCCCCGGAAGGAGCGCCGGUGAAAGAUGGACUAGGCCCUAAGAUCUGGACCGGGACGCACUUUUUACCUCGUUUCGUGAAGCAGGCGGAGGUACCCGGGGAAGGAUUGUGCUAUUUCUACGAUGAUGGAACGCAUUGCAAGACUGUCAUUGACGGAGAACCUGUUAAUGCCCAUUGGGGUGUUACGAAGGCUGGAAAGCCCCGAAAGCGACUUGCAAUAGCAUGUCUCACAUGUCGGGAGAAGAAGAUAAAGUGUGACCCGGACUACCCUCGAUGUGUCCAAUGCGAAAAAUUCGGAAGAGUUUGCAAGUUCAAGAAUGCCCCUCGUGGCGGCCACAACACCUCCCCGGUGGCUUCGCCGGCCGAGCACGAAAUACCCAGACAACUCGGGCCGCACCCUAGCGCAAUAGAUUUUGGAAGACCAAGAAGCGCCUCGAGCACGCCAGUGUCUCCCCGGACUACUAAGAUUACCCACAGCCGCCCCUCUCCUGAAUUACUCCCGGGUCUACCUGCAAAGAGGAUGAGGUUUUCAUACGAUGACUAUCCGAGACCGCCCCCACCGCCCCCAGCAAGCCGCCUCCCGGCUAUGAUCCCCAUCCCAGAAAUUAAACGGGUGGCUGGUGGUAGCAUGCCGGCCUGGCAGCACCAUAACCUGCCCCGUGAUAUUUGCAGGCCGUGGCCAUCAGACCCGUAUGUCUAA